AUGGGCCGCCUGGCGCGGAACUUGGAGCGGCGCGGCAAGGAGAGGGUUCCAUACGACUUCGACGUCCUGUGCACGGCCGCGCACUGCGUCCCGGACGGCUUCAGCAACGCCUGGCUCGCAUUCCACCGCAAGCCGCGCCUGCUCACCACGAACCUCGCGGAGAACCGCGACGGCACGUGCUCCUGGGACCAAACCCUCCACGUGACCCUCACGCUCUUCCGAGACCAGGUCUCGCAGCGGUUCGAAGAGAAGGAGUUCGACGUGCUCCUCGAGGGCAUGCCCCGGGGGGCCAGGAAGGUGGUCCACAUAGCCCGGGGGAGUAUUGAUUUCGGGGCCGUCGCGUCAGACCCGGCGUCGGUGAGCCCCGAGGAGGCGAUCGACCUGGACCUCGACGUGGACGCCAAGGCCGCCGCCGGCGCGCUCGAGGCCGCGGUCGUCCCGGUGCGCGUCGUGGUGCGCGCGCAGCCCACGGUGACGACGGCGAGCGUACGGCAGGGGUCCGCGGAGCUCAAGCGGGUCGCGAAACUGGUGCGGGCGGCCGGCGCUGCGAUUGGGAAGUCGGAUCCGCGUCCGAAGAUAACAAAUAAGGUUUCGUUCAAACAGGCAAACAAGCAGUCUGGCGCCGCGCAGCAGCCGGUUCCGUGGCCGCCCGGGGGGGCCGGAGCGAGCCUCGUGUACGGCGACGACCCCGCGACGGUGCAGAGCGGCGGUGCGAGGCGGGGCGCGGGCGUCGAUGGUGCCGGCGGUGAUGGUGGCGCGAACCCAGGUGUGGCGAGGCGGUCGGUGGGCCGCGUGGGGGACGAGAGGCUGGCGUCGAUGCCGCGGAAUCCGAAGCAGGAGCGAACCGAGGACGAGCUGGGGCUGAAUCGCAUCAGCGCGCAGCAGUACGACGCCGUGCAGGUGCAGUCGUACCAGGACGGCGCGCCCGGCCGGCGCGGGCUGUGA